CUGCUGCAGCGCGGCCGUAACGUAGAGAAAGUCAGUCCGACGUUGGCGCCGCAACAGACGUACCGGCGGUAGGACGUGCCUCCCUGUAAAAAGCCACCCUUCCGCCCCCGGGCCCCGCUCGCCUCACCCACCGAAUCGGGGUACCCACCCGCGAACGCUCCCUGUCGAUUUAAUCGCGCGGGGGGGCACGUACACGAGAGAGAGAGAGAGAGAGAGAGAGAGAGAGAGGGGGGGCGAGGAGCGAAGGAAAGAAAGCGCGGAUGCGAACCCGCGCCGAUUGCUCGCCGAGGGCAACAUUGUUGAGGGAUACCUCAAGAGGAGAGCAAGAGGAAAGUCGUUCGCGUCUCAGAGUCAGUGGGGGAUCGCGAUCGAUCCUCGGUGUUGAUCGAGGGUGUGGACCACGUAUUCGCGGCGCUACGCAGUGAUUGAGCGGCUCGCGGUGCACGCAGUGCCUUUUUUCCUUUCGUUCUCCGUUUUAUCGCGCGGGUCUCCACGCCGUAUCUUGGUUCCGCCCCUUCCGGUUGGCCCCGUCAGCCCGACGUCCGGUCCCGCGUGGGACGCUCUCCAAAGUGGCUGAGUGACUCUUCGUCCCUGCCGUGGGUGCUUAUUCUCGUCCCGUGGCUCGCUGAGAUCCCAGCCGCAACAUGCUUUCGUCCUCGAGGGCUUUCCCGCCGAUUCUCGCCGUGGCGCUCGUCGUCUGCAUCGGUGUCGCGCAUGGUAUUAGAUGUUACCAAUGUGGACAGUACAACGAGGGAGUUGGCAGCAUUACACCGUGCAUUAAUUACACCGCACACAUGCUGAAGGAGUGCCCGCACUCGGACGAGUGGUGCAUCAAAUACGUCAGCGAAGGGUCGACGGUGCGGGACUGCGUGCCGCACUGCGUGGAGAAAGAGGCCUGGAGCACGAGGACGUACUGCUGCCAGCAGGACGGCUGCAAUUCCGGCCCGUCGUUGACAGCGUCGAGCAGCACGUACUUGGUCCUAGCGAUCUCGCUGGCGGUCCUUAUGGUGUGCCGAAGCCUUCGUGGCUAAUACGUGCCGUACGGCAAGACGAGGGACCCGCGCUGCGGGCGUCACGCGGGACCGCAUCCUCCACGAAACUUCAAUCACAAAAAACUUGCACUUGGGGAGGGAGGUGGGUGGGGAACGUUGCAUCUUGCACCUUAGACGUCUGCGCCCAACGACCGGGGCUCUCUACGUGCGGAUAUCACGGAGACGUCGAUAGUCGUCCUUUGGUCCUUCAAUCCUUUCGUCGGGAAGCCGAAACCUCACUUUUAUCGUUUAUAAUCGAACAUAUCAUCUCUCGCGACGAUUGACGCGCGCUUUCUGCUUUCUGAUGUCGGUUGCCGCGUUUAACCGAGAUGAAAUUGAAAUUCGGGAUAAUCGGCGAAUAUGCUCCUUGGAAGAACGUUCUAUUAAUCUUAUCACAUUGACCGCGCGAUAAUCAUUAGCUGAUAUAAAUUUUAAUUUUUAGAGAAACGAGAAAGCCUAUUAGGCCCAAGCGAUGUGUAGACCGUUUUUUUCCACCUCUGUACCGUGCGCCGGUUUCUUUUCGGACAUGACACAGUUUCGCUUAGAUGGGAUCGCUUUAAUUUUUACUUUUUGGUUUGCAUCCGGCGCCGCUUAAUUUAGAACCGGUCCUGAACACUUGUCAAGUAAAUUUUAUUUGUUCAAGGAGACGUGAAAAAAUUUAUAGGCAACGUACCCUAAUAAACGUUACGUCACGACUGUUCCCAAGUUGCUCUCCGAUUAAAUGUCGCGUCUAACUGAUUCCUACCCGUCGCCUUCCAUCUCGCGCGACGGUACCCACGUCGUACAAUCACGGCCGACUCAAUUCAACGAGCGCUGAAUGCACUUGCUAAACUCGACCGAGUUAAGUGACGCGGAGAAAUCGGCUCGUUAAAUCCGAUGCGUUAUCGCGCCAACUACCCCCCUUCGCUCGCUCUAUUAAAUUCGCACGCUUCCGCAUACUUUUACGGAUCGGCUACCAGCGACGGGAAAGUUUCCUCGAUCGAAUUUGAUUGAAACUCUUCGCUUAGCGAGUCUCGAAUUGGGAUCUCGGCUGCGGCGGUUUGAGGCGACAUUUCGCGCAAAAUCAUUUGUUAUCACUGGCGAACUCGUUACGACAUUUUCUUUUUUUACUAUCCAGAUGGCAACAAGGGGAGAUCGUGCGCGGAAGUCUUCCAAAAAUAUCUGGCUUAAUGCCCGGGAACUCGGGAGAUACGUGUGUUCCGCACGCGAUUUCCCGACAAUGAAAUAAUCGGGACUGUAGCGGCGAUAUUUAACACUCGCGCAACACGCGACUCGAGGACGACAAAAGAGCCUGAAAAUAGUCGCCACCAUCAUCAUAGCACCGCUUUUAUCCGCUUUCACGGUAGCUUUCACGGCGCGAUCCGACUUUGCAGACGCACGUUUGCGCGAGACUUCCCUCGCAUGAUCAGCCUUUUUGCCGCUGCUUUACCAGACUGCGCUUUCGUUUCGUUUUCGUUUUUUUUACGGCAAAGUAGAUUUUCCGUAGUUAUCACGAACUAAUCGGUCUGCAAUCCGCAGAGCUGCGUUAAAAAAAGAAACGCUCUUAUCGCGCGCGACUUACUUUUGAGAACUUCACGAUUUUUAGUUAAAAGAAUACUAAGAAAAAAGUAAGAUUUAAAAAAUAUCUUCCCCGUGAAAAGGUCCGCCCUCCGAUGGGAAAAGAAAUCCGAACACAUGAAAGGCGAGACGCCCUUGUACAAUAUAUCGUUCUCCGCAUCGCGAUUUUUUUCUCCACCGAGCCCUCUCGCCGGUCAUCUCUCCGUCGAAGGACGGCUCUGUCAGCCUCCGAUGGCGAAUUGAAUUUAUUCAAAAAGUUUCGGCGUCCCAUUUUUCGUCGGGCGUUUUAUCGACGCUUCUUCCGUCGCUUCUUCCGUCCACCCGCCGUUGCCCCGACCUCGCACAUGCGAGUUUAAUAACAUCGGGACGACCGGAGGGCCGGCGGGCCGAAAAAACGACGAGCGAAGAGUGCAGGAGCCGAUAUAGGUAUCAAUAUUUCGUACGAACGUCGCGCGCGAUGUGUCCGAGCCUCGUGAAUAUUUCGGCGUGUCACGCGCGUUUCAUUACAUCGCGCCUUUCCAAGCCGCGCCGCGCGAGAACGCCCGCCCCGCAAUUGUUGUAUUGACCCAUUAAAGCGCGGCUCUCUGAGAUUUUACAUAAAAUUGCCGACGGAAAUACAGUCGGUCCAACAAAAGGUUUGAGGACGUUGAAAUGCCUGAAACACUUCCAACUAGCGAAAGUUAAUCCCGUAAAAUAAACGAUUAAUAUUUGUACUAAAAAAUCUCUAACUUCAUAUCUGAUUCGUAGCACAGUGUUAUUCAUUAAUGCCUGGACCUCGGUUUUGCUAGGAUUCACAUUUUCAUAAUCUUUAUUCUCAUCUGCACAUCGAUGAGUUCAGACUGUAGUUCACAUAUAGCGGAUUCGGUUGCUUGCGCUAGCGCGCACUGAGUGCACACUAAGGCUCGUUUAUAGUCAGUUCUUAUAUUUAACUUUGUCUUAAAUACAUGCUCAGAGUAUUUAAUCAAAAAAUGAUCCAUGUAAACGUUGCACGGACCAUUUUUCUGGAUAAGAAAUAUUGCAAGAGGUAUUUAAGAUGAUCUUUAAAUAUAAGAAUUGACCGGAAACAAGGCUCAGUGUGCACUCAGUGCGCACUAGUGCAACCAACCGGAUUCGCUGAUAGAUACAGCCUGAAACUUAAUGAUUAAUACAGAUGAGAAAAGUGAUGAUAAAAAUGCAGGUCCAGGCAUUAAUGAAUAAGACUGUACAUUAAAAAAAAGUCGAAGGUUUGAAGAAUGAAGCUGAAAGCAGUGUAGCGAGAAAAGCCGAGACAACUAAAGUUGCCGGUGCGCUUUAAUGAGUUAUUGAUGCCCGAAGGUGUCAGAACGCCAAUGUCGUUCGGGAACGUUGCUUUUUCAUGGACAUCUUUUUAAAACAGUUAAACUCUCGUGAUCCUUUUUUGACGCCGUAUUAUCGAUUGUAUUGCGAUCGUAUCAAUAUGAAGCCCCGCGUUUUCUAUUAUGAAGAAAAAUUCGCCACGAUGAUAAAAAAAGAAAUUGACCUUUCGCGAUCCCAGUUUUUGCCCUUUGUUCCUGCAAAGCCGAUUAUCGCUUGAAUGAUGAACUUUAUUACAUCAGAAAGGGGGAGAGCACGCGAUAAGAAAUUCAAACACCGUCCACGCGGAUGUUUUGCCAUUUCCUGCACAUAAACGGUAUUUUACAGAAGGCACAAGGAAGAGGCUCCGCGGAUCUGGGGACAUAAAGAAUAAACUAUCGGCAGUGAUAAAUUAGAAAUUGGAUUGCCUAUCAUAGAAAACGCAUUAAAACGCUCCUCCGAUAAGACGAACAUUUGUCAGACGUUAAUUCCUUUUCCUUGUACAUUCUGGGACGUUUGUGACAUUUUAAAAGAGUUAGAUGAUUUUUUGCACACCUAACGAGUAUCAAACACAUCUCUUCACAAGCCAUUCGUGAGUCAGUUUUGUCUAUUGUCUUUCAAACAGACACGAUGGUGUAUUGCGUACACGAUUGAAAUAUCCCUAAUCAAAAUUUCAACCCGAUUGAGUCAAUUUUCACAAAGGGACGCGGUCCUGACACCCUGUUUCUUUGGGACGACUUGAGACGGACGUUUAACCGCUUAUCGAUUCGCAAUGCGAG